AUGUCUACACGGGGAGACGACCGCUCCUACAAGGUGGUCUACGCAACCCGGACCCGGGAUGAUCUCGAUGAGCGAAUCCCUGCCCGGAAGCCGAGGCGCGAAUACGACUACGACGAUGAGUACCGGGUGGAAAAGUCAUAUUCUCGAGAUUAUCGUGAUGAUGGCAUUGAGAUUGACAGGAGGUCAAGGGCGAGUGACUCGCGUACUCAUCUACCUCCACCGGUAGGUGCCACAAAGACGACCUAUGAAGUCGCCCGCGACAGAAACUCCGAUUCAUAUGUCAAACGUUCCAACGCUGUGAUUAUUGAUCGACCCCGCGAUCACGGACGAUACGAGUAUGAGAUUCUUCGACCCGACCGGAGAGACGAUGGUGCUUAUGUCUUCGAUCUGGAUGGUGGACGUUCACGCGACUACCUAAUUGAUGCGGAUUCGAAGGGCCAUGAGCGACGCCCACGCUCGAGAUACGGCGAUCCACCAUUGGCAACAUCCAAAAAGGUGGACGAUGUGUUCAUGUACGAGUCCAUUCGAGGUGGCGGCCGCGAUCGAACCGUGAGAGAUGUGCGGUACAAGGAUGUCCAAGUUACGGAAGAAGUCGACGAUGACGCUCGCUACAGCCGCCGAGGUCGCACUGCAGACGCUUAUGUCGACGAUAUUGCGCCGCCGAAACGACUGAGGAGUGCAAUGCGUGGCAGAAACAACUCUCCUCCUUCACUGGUGGAACGACGGAGCGAACACAGUGUAGGGUUCUAUCGAGACCAAAUCAGUCACCACGAUGCCAGUGAAAGCAAGCACGAAAGACCAGGAGCCGAAGCACACUUGGCCGGUCGGUUUCUUGUCGGCAAUGGAGAAUUCGAGGAUGAUGUUUAUGCGGCAGGUUACACGCGCCGCAACAGAAGCCGGAGCCGCUCUCGAGGACGGUAUGGUCCUCAAAGGAGUGACCCGAGACUCCAUCAGUACGAGGAGGAGGAUGACGAGCGACGAACCUACACCGAGGAAACGAUGCGACAGUAUGAAUACGAAGACGAACAACGACCCCGCUACCCUCCACAGAGGAGCCACUCUCGAAGACGGCACCACCGCCAUCACCGUGAUGAUGACCGCUCGAGCUACUCGGAGUACGACACCGAGGUGGUGAAAAAGACCACAAAGGAAUAUUACCGAUAA